UGUCAGGGAACGAGAUAUAGAAAUUCAGUAGAAAUUCAACUUAAGAGAGUUUUCUUUUUGGAAUAUCAAAUCGUUCCUGUCAUAUAUGAGUUUAUUUAGUAUAUUGAGAAAAUAAUUCAAUUCAUUUUCAAUAUAUUUCCAAACAGGAAUUAAGGAAAGUUUGUGACUUUGAUUUAAUUUAGUUUGAUUUAAAUUUGGUUAUAAAAAUGCCACCCCAGAAGAAAUCGGAUAAAAACCGUCGACCGGUAUCCCGGAAUUCAAGCCGUGCUUCUUCCAGAGGAUCAACCGCUGGAAAGGGAAAGGAGUCGAUGGUACUAACGGACGGAAGCCUGGCAAUUCUUGCACGUGAAAUCGGAGGUGCAGGGGUCAGUGGUCUCGUACUAUGUAUGUAUCUUAACAUACCGAACACUACGAUAGUGAAUGCAACGAACGAAGCGUCUGAAUGCGGCUUGUUAGGAGUCAGUGACGUGCUGGUUAUUGAGGCAACACAGAGGCUCCUCCUUCAGUGGAAGACCCUGAGGGCGGGGUCAAAGGACAAAGACAAAGUUAAAGAUCUCGAACGCGCACUGAAAGAGAUGGGAAAACCAGAGUUUGCUGAUGUGAUUAAUGAUAAGCAUGCAAAUAAUUUAGAACUGACUUCAGAAUUUUUCCAAAACUUGUAAAAAAACAAGCAUACAAACAAACUGUUAUUUCAUGUGAAGGACUGUCCAAACUUUUUAGGCCCUCAGUCUCGUUUAAUUUAAUUUUGAGGAACUGUCAUCAAGCUGUUACUGUGAUAAGUAUUUUACGAACAAUUGUAGCACGUGUUGCCAUGGAAACAGGAUGGAUGUACAAUCAAAACAUAGUUUACUGUUUUAAAAUACAUUUAAUACAUAAAAUAAUCCGGGGAAAUAACUGCUCGAUAGUGUUCAUCUUAAACACGGUACUCCAUGCAAUCGAAACAACUUACUAUAUAAGAUAUUCAUGCUAAUCUAUUAUAUGUGAACUGAUGAUUUAUUUUCAUGUGAAAUAGUGUUCAUCACUGGCGAUGCUGUAAUAAAUUGUUCGUAUAAAUUCUA